ACCGGAGAGCCGAGCGACGGAAGCUUGGCUCGGGUUUUCCAAACUUUUGCCAGUGAACUGAAACACAACUAUUCCCCGCUUAACCUAGCAGCGACUUCGUGCGAAGAUAGCUAGGACUCUGACGAUGUCCAUGGCGGAUCCCUCCUCCCCAACCGCAUUGAAAGGUGCUACCACCUCCGCUGAGGACCAGGAAGAUGCUUUCCUACAGUUUGUGGAGUACGCCAGAUCUAUGCUCUCCUCUAACUUUGACGAGGAUACUGAUGCCGGAGGCUGCGAUGGUGGAGACGCAUCUGCUCCUCCUUGGAGCUGGGUCGUCUCGAGAAUCCUCAAGUCAUGUGUCACAUAUUCCAGUGGUGUUACCCCUGCCAUCCUCCUCUCUGAUCUCUUCCAGGCUUGGAUCGAGCAGCGGAGAUACAUGACCUCCAAGAAAAAGCUAGAAUGGAAAAUUCCACUGGAGAAGAGGCAUAAAAGAAUGAAGCUACCACAUACUGUCACCAUUGAUUCUAUUUAUGAGAAGAAUUUCCUCUCUCCAAGCAGUGUCAUUGAGGCCGUUGUUAUAGACACUUUCCUUCUUCCAGGUACAAACAUAUACUUGCUUAGCUUGGGAGACAUGUGGAGCUCAUGUACCAUUGAUCUGUAUCUUCACCGUAGAUAUUAUGAUUUGGUGGAGUUUCAGAUUCUGAAGAAAGGCCGUGAGAUUUUCCUAACAGGAUGUUGUCUUCGAAGUGCUAUGGAUGGGUCUGGUCAUCCUCGCCUUUUGCCUACAGAAUAUCUCAUUGUAUUAUUGGAUGAGGAUCAAGAUGAAGAUGCACUUUUGCUUGGUGCACAGUUUUGUUCAGACUCUUUCUCAUCCAUAUCAGUUGACGCAUUUAAAAAUGGCAUUUCUUAUUCCUUUUAUGCAAGAAUUUGUUCAAUUGGUUCCUUGGAAAGUUUUAGAGGUGUGGAGAGGAAAGGGGUCACUUUAGUUGAUAGUGAAGGUGUCAAGAUAAGGUUUGUGUUAUGGGGUGAUCAAGUUCUCCUUGCCAAUGUUCUUAGUCCCGGAAGUAUGCUUGCUUUAGACAAACCUUUUAUUGCUCACAUUGACGACGCCAACAUUACCAGUCAAGAAUUAUGUCUUGAAUUUGGAAGUGCCACUCGGAUAUAUAUGGUUCCAUUCACGCAACAGGAGGAACAAGUACUAAUUUCUUCCACACAACUGAGGAGUCCAGGGCCGAAAUUGUCAAGCACAUUAUGUCAAAACCAAGGGCUUAACAUUUCUCAAGUUAUGCUACCACUAGAUUCACAAGGGUCAGUUGACUUCAAGAACUAUCCUCUUCAAUUACUUGUCGUUGACCUCCGAGAUAAAAUGACUGGGGUCAGUAUCUAUGGUGUUGUUAGAUACAUUCAUAGGGAAGUAAACAGCUUAGAUACUAUAUUCAGAGUAAAGCUUGAAGAUACAACUGGAGCAAUUGUGGCAAAACUGCACUUUGUUAGAUCUUGGUCACUUGGACAUCUUGGAAUAGGUCAUUCAGUAUUCAUCUCAGGCUUGACUUGUUCUUUGAAUGCAGACAAGAAGCUGGAAGUAUCAUGGUUUGAGAAGGAUGUAGGGAAUACUUUAGUAAACCUAAGCUGCUUGCCAGCAUUAUUGAACUCAUCGUGCCUUCACAAGUCAUCUUGUAUAGCUGAUAUCUCUAAAUUGACUGAGACAAAGACACAUAUAUGUCGCACCAGUGUUGUCAGUAUUGAGCAUCAUGAUGUUUGCUUGAUAAAAUCUCAUGCCAUUUGUGGAUAUCCUGUGAGAGAGUCAUCAGAUGGAUCCUUGAUUUGUAGUUUCUGUCACUUGGAAUGUGAUGGUGAAAUUCUUGAUAACUUUCAAUUGAAAGUAACACUAGGUGAUGAAACUGGUCGGUUGUGUGUAUGGUGUACAUGCCAAACUGCUACAGAGUUGCUGCAGAUCACCCCAGAUGAAUAUAUUCAGCUACCUGUGGUUGAACAGGCUAUGUACCUUUGCACACUGACAGGUGAGAGGCUCAUUGUUGCUGUCGUAAAUUGCAGAAGGGACACCAAUGGGUCUUCUGUAGAUCUGCAUGGUGAUGUGAUCUUUGAGGUGGUACGAGCUCAAAAAUGUGAAUGAGAUGUCGCUGCUAAUCAUCGAUAAUAGAUUAGUGAAAAGUGUAAAUGGUUAUGAAAUGUAGCUGUGCCCUUGGGGUGAGUUCUUGCCUCUAAACUCUGUUACUUGGAUGGCAAAUAUGAAGGGGAGAAGGGAAAAUGACAUCAAAGAUGCAAUCAAUGAUGGAGCUACAUAUGUAAUUUUGUGUCUCUCUGUCUCCUAACUUUCCAUCCAAAGUGCAUCAUCAGAGCAAGCUGAGGUAUCCGGCCGUUCUGCCAUGGAUUCUUUGCUAUCUGAAAUAAGUUAUAUUACGUGACUUGCUGGUGUUGGUAGACAGUGGGAAAAUGCAUAGAACUAGUCAGCAAGCAAUUCAGCAACCGAUGGCAGGAAAGGUUGUUCAUCCAGCCCUGAAGAGACCGAACGUUGUAAGAGAAUUUGCUGUCAGCAUGGCUCUUGGUGUGCUUGUAGGUGGCAUAUGGAAAUGAACCAGUGGAAUAACCAGGGGAAGAAUAGGGCAUUCUACCGACAUGCUUGACAAGGGUGAGAUCAAUGUCGUGGUUGAUGAGGAAGAACCUACUGUUGCUAGUGUGGUUUGCUGGCCAACUUGCUAGUCCAUUUGAAUUAAUUGCAGAAGAAGCAUGAAGCAUGAAGCAUGAAGCAUGCAGCGUUUAGUUAUCAAACUGAACUGAAUGGUUGUCCACUUCGAAGCAAUAUAAAUCCUCUGUUGUUUGUAGGCAAAAAUCAUUUCCUUUUUUCGUACUUUCA